ACUGCGAAGUGAGCAUGCCACGACGACGUUUCAGGUUCCUCCCCAGAAAAAACGGAAACAACCAACUCUCCAAAUCCAAAUGGCUUUUGCUUCAGUACUAAUAUUAGGAAGGAAAGGGGAAUCGAGUCGCUCUAAAUCUGAUUGGGGGAGGAAUUCAAUUCUCUUAUCCAAUAAUCCCAACUCUGGGAUGGAAUAAUCUGAAUCAGUACUACUAUUAUAUAAAUUAGAUGUUCUUAAGUUCCGCAUUUCCAAUUCCAUUGCCAACUUGUACCGGUCUCAUUGGCACUACCAUUAUUCCGGAAUCCGAUUCCCUCUCACUACUACUACUACUACUCCCACUUCCACUACCUCCCCUUUUGCCUCUUCCUCUUCUCCCCAAAUGCCUAUUUAAUCCCAACAUGCGAAUUCCCAAGAAGCCCGUUUCCUUUUGCUUCUCUUUGUUUUCACCUGACGUUUUUCCUCCCGCUUAUUCUUCCCGUAUUCGACUCGUUUCCGGAACUUUCACUCUAUCGGAUUCUUUUCCCGGAAAGAGAAAAGGGAUUUGUUUCGGAGGAGUUAAGCAGUUGCAUUCUGGUUAUUCAAUGGAGGAAAGUCAUGGGACUAUUGUAGGUGACAUGAAAUCACAUCCAUGCAUAUGGUCAUCACCGGAAGGGGGACGUAAAAUUAACGUAAUUGGAAAGCAGAUCUUUUGUAACCGAUCACUGAAUAUGAAGAAUAUUGUAGCUGUGGGAUUUGAUAUGGAUUACACUUUGGCACAAUACAAGCCAGAAACUUUUGAGUCCCUUGCUUAUGAAGGCACUAUCAAGAAGUUGGUGAAUGAUUUAGGAUACCCACGUGAGUUGCUGAAUUGGUCAUUUGAUUGGAAAUACAUGGUCAGAGGGUUGGUUCUUGAUAAGAAAAGAGGCAACAUCUUAAAGAUGGAUCGUCACAAGUAUGUGAAAGUAGCCUACCAUGGAUUUAAAGAAUUGUCCAAGGAAGAUAAAGUUGGCAUUUAUGGAAGUACUCUUACAAGGGAUGCUUUCGAUGAGCCUGACUAUGCUCUCAUUGAUACCCUUUUUUCACUAGCUGAAGCCUACUUGUUUGCUCAAUUGGUUGACUUUCGUGACAAUAAUCCUGGAAAAGUUCCCGACACCACAGAUUACGCUCGCAUGUAUAAAGAUGUUCGAGCGGCAGUUGAUUUGUGCCAUCGUGAUGGAACUCUAAAGCAAAUGGUUGCAAAGGAUCCUAAAAGGUAUAUCAAUGAAGAUACUUCAAUAGUACCCAUGCUGAAAAUGCUCAGAGAUUCUGGUCGAUCUACAUUCUUGGUGACAAACAGUUUGUGGGACUAUACAAACAUCGUGAUGAAUUUUCUCUGUGGAGCCCGAACAAUGGAUGGAGUUAGAAAGUGCAAUUUUGAUUGGCUUCAAUACUUUGAUGUUGUCAUCACUGGCAGUGCAAAGCCAGGAUUCUUUCAUGAUGAUAGUCGUGCAAAUCUGUUUGAGGUCGAACAUGUGUCUGGAAUGCUACUCAAUACUGAUAAUGGCUCUCCUAUGCCUCAGGUGGGAGACACUUCACCUAGCUUUUCAGUAAAGGGACCGAACAAGUCUUGUAGAGUUUUCCAGGGAGGCAAUGUUGGCCAUCUGCAUAAAUUACUUACAAUUGAGUCAAGCUCUCAGGUUCUCUAUGUUGGGGACCAUAUCUACGGAGAUAUUUUAAGAAGCAAGAAGGUUCUUGGGUGGAGGACAAUGCUUGUUGUUCCAGAGCUAGAGCGGGAGGUUGAACUACUUUGGAAAUUGAGAGAUACUCGCAAGUUUAUGCAGGAACUUCGUUUGUUAAGGAAUCAUCGUGAUCUCAUUGAAGACAAAAUUCAUCAUUUGAAAUGGUCUCUCAAAUUUGACGAUAUCAAUGAAGGGAAGAAGAAAGAAUUGACUUAUGAGCUAGAUGUUUUAGAGACUGAAAGGGAGCAAGUGCGUUUAAGUCAUCAACAAGCUCAACGGGAAAAUCAUCAAAAGUUCCAUACAGUCUGGGGACAACUCAUGAAGACUGGUUAUCAGAACUCUCGCUUCGCACAUCAGGUCGAGAGAUUUGCCUGCCUAUAUACCAGUCAAGUGUCAAACUUAAGCUUGUACUCUCCAGAUAAAUACUACAGGCCUAGUGAAGACUUUAUGCCCCAUGAGUUUGAUAUCAUCCCCAUGUGAGAGCGUUGUUGGUUGGGAGGAAGCAUGAAACAAUAAUGAAAUUACUUUAGAUACAAAAGCCGUGGGUUUAAUUAGCUGAAUUGCCCAUUAUUUAAACCACCAACUGCAUUUGAUAAUUGUACUUGUAAGACUGAAAUCCCUGUAUUUCUUUUUACCAUUAAAAUUUCGGACCCAACUUUUAUUUCUCA